AGAGAAGUAAAUUAUGGUCAUCGAUCUGCAGUUAAGAGAAUUCUAGAAGGAGAUGUCCCACCUUCUUCUAUGAUGGUACUCUGUGUUUCCAAUAUCGAUUCAAUUUGCGACUCCCCAGUCGGACGUCAAUCUUCAUCAUCUAGCACGACCCAAAGUGGAACUUGUGCAAAAGUUGAACUGACGGAUGGUUGGUAUUCAAUAAUUGCUGUCUUAGAUAUACCACUAUCCAAGAAGUUGGCUGCUGGAAAGCUGUUUGUUGGCCAAAAGCUUAGGAUUUGGGGAGCUGGACUGUGUGGCUGGACAGAUCCUGUUUCACCUCUUGAGGCAUCAGGGAUGACUAGUUUGCUGCUGCAUAUAAAUGGGACAUAUAGAGCUCAUUGGGCAUCUCGUUUGGGCUUAUGUAAAGGCGGUGGUAUUCCAUUAUCAUUUAUGUCAAUCAAGGAUAGCGGAGGUGCUGUUCCAAUAACAUUGGUUGGAAUUUCAAGGAUAUAUCCUGUUCUCUUCAGGGAAAGGGUAAGUAAUGGGGGGUUUGUUGUACGAUCUGAACGGAUGGAAGCUAAAGAGAUGCAGUCUUUUGAUGAAAG